ACCAGUUUCAUGAAAGUUGCCUUCCUGGGAGGACUUCGAGAAGCGUGUUCUUAACAGGUGUGCAUUGGUAGGUCUGUUGAAGAGCUUGAAUGUACCUCUCCUAACAAGAUUGAUGGCAUUUAAGAUUCAGAGGCAGGGAGUCUUGACUGCUGUUGUGGUGGUGCAUUGCUUUUCUGGUACAGCGUUUCUACAUUUUUAUCCAAAAUUUCACUGUCACGUGCCUCGUUUGCUUACCCUGUAGCAUCCCCAGUCAUUAAAGUAUUGGAGAAAGAUUUCCUGGAACUGUAGUGCAGAAUAGUUCUGAGUGAUGGGAUCAAAAGGUAAGAAGUACUUCACCCACCUGUUUUUAAAUCUAUGUCUUUUGGUACCCCAGGUGUCUGCUCAGAGUUGGGAUCUCAAACUGACUUAGAUCCUUUUAGUAAGAAGGUCUCUUAAAAGCCCACCCCCUCAGUUACGUACCAGGGGAAGCAAAACCCCAGGGAAGCUGAAGGGCUUUUGUCCCCCUCACACUGCAGGCUCCGGCUAGUAGGGGCAGAGCCAGGAACACCCACAGCUGCCCCUCUUGUAGGUGACACACCAGCUCUGUGCUCUGAGGCGGUCGGUGUAGGUAAAUGGGUGAUCUGGCUUCUUUAUCUGGUCAACAUUUUGAUAAGAUUGCUUUGUCAUUUGGAGACCAUAUUUAGUUUUAUUUUCAGUGAGAAAAAUCUUAUGUUAAAACCCAUUUAUGCAGAUUGCCAUCUUGUUUCACCAGGACCAUGGAACAGUGGUUUGUACUAGCAGGGAAGACAACAUUGUAGCAACCCAGAAUUUCAGCACGUACUAGUCAUUGUGAAGUGAGUGUGGGCAUCUUUUCUUAGGAUUCCCAAUAUGCAUACGCUUUCUGGAUCCAAAGUCCAGUUGCUAUAAUUUUUAAGCCUAGUGUUUUAACCUAACAUUUUUAUCACCAACUUUUCCUUAGCAGUGUUUCUUUUGUCAUUUAGUUACUGAUUUUCCUGGAUUUGACAUGUUGAGUGUUCCAUGAAAUGACGUAUGUUGUUUUGAAAGCCAAUUCUUAUGAAUUGAAGUAGCUGAGUUCCUUCAUGUUUGUCAUAUUUACUAAAGUACCUGGCACAAAAUGCACCAAAACCUAGAGCAGUAGCUUUAUGUAAGUGCUCAUGAGUUUGUGUUGUUAAUUUAAUUGUCAACCCACUUAAAAUUUGUGCAAUACUGUAUAUAUGUAGAGAUUGAGUUGCCAAUAAAAAGAAAAAUGUCUGUUUGUGAUCAUAAAAUUGCCUUUUCUUUUAAGAGAGGAUGGCUUGGGAAUAGUAGCCAUUAUAGCUACUAACAAACAAUCUCAUAUUUUUCUAACUAGUCUCCUUGCUGCUGAGAAAUUUCCCCACCCGAUUCUGUCACAUCCAGUCUUUCAGUUGCUGGGUUCCCCAUGCGGCCCAUUGACAGAAUCAUUUCAGUUACUCUGGGCUCCAGAGUCCUCAUCAUUUCUUUUCUACUUCUGCCCUGUCUUUCUCCCUCCUUCACCAUGAGGAUCAUCCAUGCUCCUUCCUACAGCCUCCCACGCACAUUUCUUCCUUCCUUUCUCGCAUGUUGUUGUCCCCACCAAGAAUGCUUUUUUCCAGCUCUGUCCUCAGAGCUUUAUGUUUAUCUCCUGCAGAAAGGUUCUUAAUAGUUGCCUUCAGACACAUUUGUGAGCACCUGCUCUCCGCCAUCCCUGAGGCUUCGCAGGUAACCAGAGACAGCCUCUGAUCUCAAAGAUCUUAAGAGUUGAUACAUGAAACAGACACCCAUGAAAAGAAUAGAGUAAGUGUUGCUAAUAACAUUUAUCCCAUGCUUGCUACAUGCCAGGAACUGUUCUGAUUAACCUCAUCUUCACAGCAACCCAGUGAAGUAGGUCUGAUUAUUUUCUGUCUCGUAGAUGACAAGCUGAAGAGUGGCGUGGAUAAAAUAGGGGACCUAAGGCAGCAUGGUCCGUGGCCAAGCCAGGAUGACGACCGGGGCCACCUGGCUCCAGCCCCGUGCACCUCGCCCUUAGGCCGCACUGCGUGUCAUGUUAAGAACCAAGACCAGGGGUGCACUUCUAAAAAGAGAUCAGAGAAUUAAACCCCAGCACCAUGCUCCUCCGUAAAGACACGGACCCAAGUAAAGAUGGUGUGCCAGGAGAGCCCGCUGUGUGCUCGCUGCCAGAAUUAUAUGCAUUUGUUGAAAAUUUUAAUAAGGAGAGCAAGAAAUUGCAUCUCCUGAAAACUCACAGUCUUUUACCUAGUGAGGCGCAGAGAAUGCUCAGCCAGAACGUGAAUGGAACCGAGGAGACCGAUGAGAGAGGAGAGACUUCCCAGCCUGUUCUCACGUGCAGGGUGGUUAGAAGAGAAGAAAGGCCAGGGUCCAUGACUGAACUCCUGCACAGCAGCCUGCUGGCCAGCUCCCUCUCUCCCCUGGAGAGACUCUCCAGGUCCCAGCAGAGGAUCUCUCAGUACGGGAUCCCUCCUCCCGUGCACACUUUUCCUUACGAGAUUCUCAUCAGUCACUCCAAAGCUAUGUCACAGGUCACCGUUCGGCAGAAGGCCCACAGCACCAAACUAGCAUGCGGACUGGGCGUUCCCAGUGACUUGCCAGGAAAGUUCAUCUUGGAAGACAAAGUUCCGAAAUAUUUAGUCGAUCCAGGAAAACAAUUCCUGGACCUAAAGGACCUGGAAUGGAGGUACUACAAGGGGAUUGCGAAGUGGAAGCGCCAUACUGCAGAUUCACGUAUAAAAAUUAAAUACGACAGUGAGAAGAGAUUUGUGAAGAGCCAGCAGAUGCCUCGUGCUGCUUCCCCGCCUCUAGUUCAAAAGUCUUUGGUCAUUUAUCCUCAGGUCGAUUACCCAAAAAAGGAAGGUUCUUCUUAAAUGGAAUAUGUAGUUGUAUUAAAAUAUCUCGGAUCUAGAUCGUGAUUUUGAGAGCAAUGAAUUUAUACAUGAGAAGAAGCAGUGGCACCAUGGAACUUAGGGACAAUCUAUGCAAAUACACCUGUAAGGUCCACUAUGAAACCAUUAUUAUGGAGUGAAAGAUCCAAAUUGACCUGCUAAUGUAAGACCCAGUUUGGAUCAGUGAAACCCAUCUGGACUAAGGCUGAGGCAAUUCUAGAUCAUACAAAAAGAAAGGGUGCAUGUGAAUGAAAACUCCUGAGCAAGAAGAGCUCUUAAAAAUAUUUUAAGCAGAUGAAGAAGUCCGUUAUCAUAAAAAUAGUAGGUAAAUUCAACAAAUGAGAGAAUUAGCACCUGAGGAUGUAGAGCUCAUUCUGAGAACUUAAAAAUAACAUGCUGACUGCUCAAAGACAUGAGGAAGGAAGUAGCACUCGUGAGACAAGAGCGAGAUUGGAAAAAGCACAAAUUGGAAAACUUGGAAUGAAAAAUAGUCUUUGAAAAGAAAAUAAGAAGAACCGUCAAUAAAUGAUCUCGAUGGCGUACUAGAUAUAUCUGAAAAGAGAGGAUUAGUGAGUUGGAAGGUAGCACUGAGAGAGAAGCUUCUAGAUCAUAGCACAGUAAGAAAGGACGAAAUUAUGAAAGAAGUUAAAGGUAAGGGAGGGUCGGAUGAAAAGCUUUGAAUUAUACCCAGGGUAAGCUGCAGAAGAAAAGAGGGAGAAUGGAAAAGAGAUGAUGUUUGAAAAUAAAACAGCUGAUAAUUUUCCAGAAAUGAACCACAUGAAACGUUGAAUUUAAAAAUCUCACUGAGGGAGUGGGGUAUAGCUCAGUGGUAGAGUGUGUGCCUAGCAUGCACGAGGUCCUGGGUUCAAUCCCCAGCAUCUCCAUUAAAAAUAAAUAAAUAAAAAUCUCACUGACUAGCAAGAAAAUAAAAUAAAUCUACACCUAGAAAGACUGUAGCAAAACUGGAGGGCAUUAAGCAAGAAAGGAAACUAAAAUCUCUACAAAUGAGAGAAGACUGAUUGUAUACAAAGAAAUGACAUAUCAACAGUGGAAAUACGGCAGUACAGGGGAUUGAACCCAGGACCUUGCACAUGCUAGGCACGUACUCUACCGCUGAGCUGUAGUACCUUCUGCCCAGACCUUUCAUUAAUAAUCAAUGUCAGAGGGUGAUGGCGUCACAUACUCAAAAUGCUGAGGGAAAACAACGAUCAAUCUAAAAUUCUCUAACCAGCCAAACUCUCUUUAAAGAGCAGGGGUAAAAUAAACACAUUUUAAAACAUGUAAGAGCUAAAAAUGCUUACUACCCCCAAUCUCUCACUGAAAAAACUUAUAGUAAAAUAUGUACUUUAGCAAGAACUCAGAGGGAGUGCAAGGAAUAAUGGUGAACAAUUCAAUUAUGAAUAAUGUAGGUAUAUGAAUGUUUAGAUAUUAAAAUACAUUUCUGGAUUCUUUUUCCUAGUAUUUUACUUAGAAAAUUGGCCUGUAUAUAAGUGAAAUUAUUCUCUUGUUCCCAUUUUUUGCACUGUUUUUUAAAAUCAUAUUCUGGUUCAGGAUAGUGGGCGCCUCUGUAGUUCCACUGUCAGUCUGUCAUUUCUUUGUAUAUAAUCCAUCCUCUCUCUUUUGUAGAUUAGAGUUUCUCACUUAAUGCUCUACACUUAAAACUGUAAACUUUUCUUCAUGGAAGUUACAGUUCCAGAAAACAUUUUAAACACUUAGCUACCUUCGUAAAAUGAAUUGGGGACUUUUCAUCCUUUUUACAAGGCCAUAGAUAUCUAAACAAUAGGAAAAAUAUUUAUUCUUUACAGUCGAGCUAGAACUCAGCUCGAAAGCCAUCUCAUCCUGACAUCUUUUCUUCUCGCUUUUAUUAUGAAAGUUUUUAAACACUCAUAAAAAUAAAUAAAAUUAUAUCAUAAGCCUGCACAUACCCAUCAUCUAGAUUCAGUAUUAAGAUUUUUAUCAUACUUGUCUCAUCUAUGUCUUUGUUUGUAUUUGCUGUGUCUGCUGAAUUGUUUUGAAGCAAAUCUUGGGCCUCAUGUCUAAGAUAUUAUCCUUAUCUGGUUUGGCUUGCCUCUUGGAAAAAAACAUAUGGAUGUUUACUUUCAUAGCCACAAUGCCAUUAUUAUACCAAGAAAAAAUGAACAAUAAUUCCUCAGUACUGUCUAUGUUCAAAGUCCCCCUUUUUUUUACACCUCUCAAGUUUCUUUUAAUGUAGAGAAAUUCCUCAUUUUUUUAAUGCAAUUGACUUACUGAAGAAAUAGGUCCAUUGCCCUGUAGAAGGUCCCACAAUCUAAAUCUAUAUCCUCAUGGUGUUAUUCAAGUUUUUCUUCUGGCAUCCCUAUUUCUUGUAAAUUGAAUGUUUCCUAAAGCCUUGAUUAGCUUUAGGGUCCGUUCUUUUUGGAAAGAAUACUUCACAAGAUGAUGCUGCAUACUUUAGCUUACUUCACGAAUAAUAUCUGGUUGUCCCUCUUUUAGUGAUUAUAAGAUUGAGUAAUGGAUUCAGGUGGUGGUGCCUCUGAUUACAGUUCCUCAUCAACUUUUCAUAUAAUGGCUUCCAUCCGUCAGUGAUUAUGGUCGACAUCCUCUACCAGGCUCCCAGUGAUCCCCACCUCGUGAUAUGUACACCCUGAUCUCCCAGGGAAGCCAGCUGCCGUCCUUGAGAUGCUUUAUGGAGAGGUCCAUGUGGCAAAUAACUGACAUCUCUGGCCAGCUGCCAGCAGGGAUCUGAGCUGUGCCAACAGCCACAAGAGUGAGCUUGGAAUCAGAUCCUCCCCUUACCAAGCCUUGAGAUGACUGCAGACCCGGCUGACACCUUGACUGCAACCUCGUGGGAGACCCUGAGUCAGGGGCGCCCCGAACAAAUAAGGAGAAUUGGGAUGAGAAGAUUGGCUGUAUGUGUAUAGACCUGCACAUUUGCACAUUGCAGAGAAAUGGAGAUUCUUGAAAUUUACACACCUGUGAAAUGAGGAUUCUGAAGGUUGGAAUUGGAUACGUCCCCUGCGUGCUAUUGCCCCCUAGUGGCUGAUGACAAGAACCCAACUGUGAGUGCGGGCCUGCCCAGUCACGUGACCCAAGCAGCCUAGCCCUCCCACCCCCGGAAGGUAAACUCCGCCUGCCCCCCAGGGGACUCCGAAGAAAAUCUUGCUCCCGUAGGCCCGACUUCUCUCCCAAGAUUCCCCAGGGCUGAGGGCUCUAAAUUGGGAAAGUGACAAGGAAGCCUGUGGAUUCACUCAGGAGGAGGUUCCCAAAACAUCUCAUGUGACUGUCAUGUCAUGGAUGAAAUGCUUUCCACCUCACCUGGCAAAGUCCAGGGCAAAGCGAAAACUGCUGAGUCUCCGGCUAAGGAUUCCGGCGAGCUCCCACCUUGCGCGAACAGAGAGGCUGUGGCAGCUCCUACACCCGGCAUGAAUUCAGAAGCUCAGAGCUUCUGAACGGAAAGUACUGUCUCCAUCCCUCUGAUCACUCUGUGGGACUGUCCUCGCAUAUGAUAAAAACUGAGGUGGUCGCCACUGUCCGAAACUUCUCUGCAGUUCCUCCAGCUUUUGUCCUCAAAAGAAAAGUGCCCAGCCAAUGAGACAGUAUGCAAUCCACAGUGAGAAAGGGGCUGCCUGGUUCUGGACCCUGGAUGAGUCACUUCACAUCUUUGGAUCAGUUUUCUCACCAGUGGAGGUACUGGGGAUUGAACCCAGGACCUCAUGCACACUAAGCUUGCACUCUCCCACUGAGCUAUACCCUCCCCUGGAAGGAGGCAUUCUAACGGACGCUGGGAGGCGGAAGGGGUCCAGCAGCUUCCCUGACUUCAGUAGGAACAGCUGACGCAGGCAGGUGUGGCCCGUGUCAACGCAGUUACUGAAGCAGGGGCGGUAUAACGCCGUCAUUGCAUAGAUCCUGAGAGGCUGCCCGGAGGUGGAGAUGUUUAAGCCUCAUCUCAGAAAGUGUCCCCACGUCGGCCAGAGUGAUCUCUGUAACAAGCAAGCCUCAUCGCGGUCAGCUCUCACCCGUGUUCAGAGUCGCUCCGUGCCUUCCAGCUGUUCUUGGUAAAAAGAUGUGACCUGUCUCGUCACACCUCCAAUGGGAGCAGAGACCUUGAGUCAAGCCUUUUAGAACUCUCUGCUCUCAGCAGUGGGGAAGGAAAACCUAAUAUGUCAUUUGAUGUCAUUUGAUGCUUAAAUGCUGUGUCUGCCACAAAUUAAUAUAUCACUUAUCACUCAUCUAGCAUCUAGAGACCUUUCCAUAUCAGCAAAUCCAGAGCUGUUUCUUUUUUCUUAAUAACCGCAUGGUAUUAUGUUAUGCUCGAUGUUUCAUAAUUUGUUUAACCAGCCCCAGUUCCACGUAAGGUGUUUCCAGUGCCAUAGUUACACAUUUUGUACAUAGAUCUUAUUAGCUUACUAUUCUUCACUUAAAAAAUUAUUUUAGCAGGGGGUGGUUAAUAGCUCAGUGGUAAAGCACAGAUUUAGCAUGCGUGAGGUCCUGGGUUCAAUCCCCAGUACCACCAAUUUUAAAAACUCUGUAAAAAAAAAAUGUAUUUUAGCUCUUCCUGUAAAAUUCUGCUUAUUCCUACAUCUUCCAUAUAAACUUUUGAAUCAGUUUUUGAGCCUUCCUGAAAAUUUCUGUUGGAAUUGUCAAUGAAAAUUCAAUUAACCAUCAAAUUAGGAAGGAAAAAAAAAGAGAAUUUUAUUCAAGCCAAACUGAGGAUCAUAGCCUGGGAAGCAGAUUCUGAGAAAGCUCUGAGAACUGUUCUGCCUGUUAAGAGUCGGAGGCACCGUCAUAUACAUUUUCGAGACAGGAUUGUAUGUCAAAAUGACAAGGUGAUAUUUUACAUAGAUUUCACCCAGGAUGCUUAAUCACGUUAAGGACCUACAGAGCAAGCAGCAAGGCACCAUGACCCCUUACAGAGCUGAGAAAGAGUGCAUCAGAAGAAAAAAGAAAUUGAUCUUUACUGCCGAGCAGGCCCUCCUAUCUUUGCAGAACUGUGGCUAAUGUGUAACGCAGAUGCAGACUGCACAUCAGGGGGAGAGGGCAGAGGUCCAAAUGGACACAUAGAGAGAAUUUUGUUUAAAUCUUUCUUGUCCGCCUUUAAAAGAUAAAUUUUAUUUCAUUGGAAUCUUGCUCAGAAUUGCAAUAAUUAUAUAGGUUAUAUGUAAAAAUGAAAAAUGAGAACUCGGAAUCUGUUUCUGCACAAGAGAUUCUAUAUGAGUUGUGAUUUUGCACAAGAAGCCAAAAAAGAAAUUGUAAAUUAUAAGCAUAACCCUUCCCCCAAAAGAAAAUACAGUUUUAUUGCAUUGGGAGCCCAUUAGGUUAUUUAGCUAUCAGAAAGGCAUCUACUGAGCAGGGCCUGUGUACUGGGACGUAGACAGUGUCUCCGUAUUCCAGUGUGUGGACAUAAUGAUAAACAUAGAAACACACACACAGAAGCAAAAAUGCAGAUGGUGAGACUGCUAAGGUAAAGAAAGAAACAGGAAGGGGAGGUGGGACCUGGGAGCUGUUCUUGGUUGGGUGAUCCAGGAAGCCCACCUAGAAAGAAAUAUUUUUUUUUUAAUUUAUAGUUUUUUAAAUUAAUUAAUUUAUUUUUUAAUUUAAGCAACUAUUUUAUUUCAUUUUUUUGUUUUUUGGGGGGAGGGGGUUGUAAUUAAGUGUACGUAUUUAUUUUUUAUUGGGGAUACUGGGGAUUAAACCCAGGACCUUGUGCCUGCUAAGCAGACACUCUACCACUGAGCUAUACCCUCCCUCCAAGAAACAUUUAAACUGAGCUUUGAGUGACCAGAAAGAUCCAGCUAUGCAGACACUCAAGGGGAGAACGUUUCAGGCAGAAGGAACAGCCAGUGCCAAAGCCCCAGGGCAGGCAUGAGAUUAUCUGCACACGGGGGGGGG